AUGGCAGACCAUUUCGCGGUGAUGGCGGGGCGGCUGCUCACGGCGUCGACGGUCCAGUCCGCCAUCGACAAUGCCUCAGAUGCGCCUUCUUCGACAGCAGCCGCUUCUGCUUGUGUUGAGGAGGCCGUCCUAGUUGGCAAGCAGAAGAGUGGUGUCCUGGUGGAAUGCAGGAUCUGCCAGGAUGAGGAUGAUGAGACCUGCAUGGAGGCUCCUUGCUCCUGCAAGGGCAGCUUGAAGUAUGCUCAUCGGACAUGCGUUCAGAGGUGGUGCGACGAGAAGGGGGACACCAUAUGUGAGAUAUGCUUGCAGCAAUUCGCACCAAACUACACUGCUCCUUCCAAGUUGUUUCACCAUGGAAGAAACUCAAUUUUCUUCAGCAGAACUCCUGCAUACAUCCAAGCACAGGACACAUACCAGAGUUCUUCCACCUCCACAAGCUACGAGUAUGAUCGACAAGCUUCCACCCCGAAAAGUGUCAUCUGCUGUCGCAUAAUUGCUAUAACUCUGAUGCUUCUCCUGGUGCUCCAUGACGCCAUCUCAGUUUUCCUCAGCGACCAUGAUGUCUACACCGUCGCGAUGAUCACCCUGCUGAUGCUCAGAACGGCCGCCGUUGUGAUACCUCUCUAUAUCAUCAUGGUGGCCGUGACCGAACUGCUAUAUCGACGCAACCAACUGCAGAGUAUGCAAGGUCAGGUUUCAGAAGCAGCAGGAAGGAGCACACAGCCGGUGCCAGUUCCACCGCCGCAACAGCUUGUUGUCAUCAGCAUCCAGUAGCGCAAAAAGGAAAACCCAGUCAAGUAUGGCACCUGAAUGCGGUUUUGAGCUUCAGAUGUGCCAUAUACCCACACAGGGCAUCCAGUAGCGCAACAAAGAAAAACCAGUCAAGUAUGGCUGUACGUAUGUGAUCUUCAGAACACCUUGUACAUCGAACCAAAAACGUAUAUCUACACACAUGGACACUUGCUUCAGAAGCAGUGAAGAUGAAGUGUGCCUGCUGUACAUGACGAGAGAGUAAACGACUUGUGCAUGUACAUUUGAUGCAGACAAAAGUUCAGACUUUCACUAA